AUGUCUAUGCAAAUGGAGUUCAUCUUAGAGUCACCUCAGGAUUUCUAUAGCGAGUGUACUUCUGAUGAUAGUGAAGAUGAUAUACCAAAUGACCAACCUUGUGAUGACUUACUUGGCCAGUACUUUUGUGAUGAUGAAGAAGUCAUGUCAAGUGAUGGGGAAAGUGCAGACUUUAAUGUUGAAAGUGAUGUCCUGGUCCUUGAUGCUGAAAUGGAAGCAGUUUUUAUGGGUGCUAACCCUAUAGCUGCGAUCAUGAAUGUCUAUUCGGAUGGAGAUAGCAACACACAAACAGUCUACCAUCAAGAGAACAAUGCUGAGGGUUUUUCUGGAUAUAUCAGUCCUUUCAAAUCCAAGGCAGCGUUUAUCUUACAUGCCUUGUUCCAUGGCAAUAAAGAUCUUUCUUCUGAAAGAUCUAUCAAGAAAAUCAUGUUUGUGAUGAAGAAGUUGUUGGAGGCUCGUGAGGAAGCUGGGGAGAAAUUGGAUUUUCCGAAGCCUGAUGCAGUGAUAAACUAUCACUUGCGAAAGAAGAAUGAGAUCCUGGUAUUUCUGACAACAACAUGCACUGCCGUAAAUCAAAAAGGCCAACGCCAUGAAUUUUUGAUAAACAAACUGUCUGAGUAUCUCAGGCAUACUCUGGCAUGUCCAGGAAAAACGGCACAGAUGUCAUCACUUUCUGAUUUCACUGAAAAUCAAUGGUUGAAUCUCAACCAAGGCACCAAGUGGAAGGAAAAUCCCAUGUUCCAAAUCCCAAUGAUUACAUCUGAAGGUUUGGAUUAUUGGGUAGGUAGUGUUGUUGAAGUACAAGGGUGGUCAAAUUGGUUCCUCUUGGAGAAGUUUUAUACAAAAAACAGAUCUACAUAUGCCGAUGCCUUCCAAGUGUAUGGUGGCCAUGAUACUAUGCUAAGUCAUUGUGACGAUGCUUACUUCUGGUCGUGUGGUGGAUCCACAAAUUUUGCUGUCUCCCUCCUUAAGUAUACUAUUGAAGUCGAUAAGAUUUUGUCUAUUAUUCAGAAAGACAGCAAUCUUUUUCUCAGAUGUGGUUUAUCUGUUUCUUCCUGCCCUUCUGAGAUUGUUUAUGACACUCUUGUUGGUAUUCAGUCUCAAUUGUGGCUCAACACGUCCUUUGUUGAAAGAUUCAAGAUAAGACUUCCCAGAGGCGGGUUAAUGAAAGUGGUUAUUUGCCCACUGAAUUUGUAUUCUGAUGACACUUCCGGAAACUCUUCAAAGCAAUACAACAAGUACAACAGCUAUCUUAUGUAUUUUGCUGCGAUGCCUCUUGAGAUGCUGCUCCCAAUUGUUGAUGAUUUUGUGGAAUUGGAGAAAGGAAUUGUGAUGUACUCCAAAGAUCAUAGUGAAGAUGUUCUGGGUGUUGCUUCUCUGUUAUUGUUCAUGGGUGAUAAUCCUUGGCAAUCGCAACUUGCUAUGCACAGUGGAACAUCAGGAAAGCAUUUCUGCAGGAAAUGCCAUUUAGAAGCACCCCAAAGCACUCAAAAAGACAGCACGCCAGAGAUACCUUAUCUUCCAGUCGACCAUAAUGGCGCUGAAAAAAGAACAAAGGAAUUCUUAAAUGCUUUCGCCACUGCCAAUACAGAUUCAGAAUUGUAUAAGCAUGGGUGUAACCUAAACUAUAGCAAGAAUGGCAGCAAAGAAUUUCUCAGACUUGAAGCAUUUGAUGCAACAAAAGACUAUCUGGUCACUUACCUUCUUAAGUUCUCGAAAAUGUCAACAGCAGAAAUGGCAAGACUUGAGUCAGCUCUGAGUUCUUACAGAGUCUGCAAGAGUUAUAGCAGAGGAUUCAGAAACCAGCUUUGUCAUAAUGGUUUGUUUGUUGGGUGCGACUACAAACAGCUGAUGCAAGUUCUCCCAAACGUUAUGACAGUGCUUUUUUCUGGAAAUAGCAAAUUCGAACUUCUUACUAAGACUCUCUAUGUAGUUGCUAAAUUGUUAUCUUUGUUGUACAUGUAUGGAAUAAGCGAAGGCUUUGAUUAUUACAUUGUCCUGAUAAAACAUGCUGUAAAUGAAGUGACAAACCUGCUCCUUGCAUUGGACAUACAUAUUAAAAAGAGCAAGCACUCCAAGCAGGAUCUCACCUUUAAGCCCAAAGUUCACCUCCUCCAUCACAUAGCUGAAGACAUUGUUUGUUUCGGAUCAGUUCUCCAAUACGAGACAGAGAACAGCAAACAAUUUAAUAAAUUUGGAAAGCAAUUCAUUUGCCAUUAUUUGUGUAAUGGCGGAUAUUACAAUGUGAUGAGGGACGUGAAUGGAACAAGUCAGCAAGUGAGAUGCACUGCUGGAAAAUACAUACAGGAACUAUCUGCAUCUCCUGAAUUCAGAAGGCACUUCUUUGGGUCACAGCCUAAUAGUGACAAUUCUGGUUUGCUGACUCCCACUUUGUGCAAUACACUUGCAGGUGUUUUUCAAGCAAAUGGUCAAAUCUUUCUUGGUCAGGUCAAAGCAAUUUCCACGCGAGACAUUAUGAAUAAUUUUGUUAAAAAAUACUACAUGCAAAAGUAUCAAAUGAUACCUAGCAAUAGUAUUGAAUGCAUAUACACUCCUCCUGUAAUAACUGCUAAUGUGCAUAACAUUGUUGUUGUUUCUUUUGGUCAUCUCCUGGAGAUUCGUGAAGAAGAAGUUGAAGUUGUCCAAGCUAUAGACAUUCACUUGCAGCAUGGCAACAAUAGCAGAGAAAAACUGCUUAACGUUGAGAAGUUUGGUGUGUUUUGGUGGAUGUUAAUGAACAUUGCUAAAAUUGCAUACUAA